AGAAAAAUUGAAGGGCAAGAUGGCGAGCCCUUCACCUCAAUCCUCUCCAAUGCCUCCACCACAAACCCCCUCUCCCAUGGGGCCCCCACAACAAUCGCCAUCACCCAUGCCAUCACCCUCAGGAAUGGUACCACCAUCCCAUUCUCCCUCACCGAUGGGUCCACCGUCACAUCACCAUCCUCACAGUCCAGGGCCAACCGGCUAUCCUCCCCAUGGAGGCCACCCAGGGCAACAUCCUGGGCCGCACCCAGGGCCACCAGGUCACCCUGGCCAGCACCAUGUACAUCAUGGUCAUCCUUCACAAGGACCUCCAGGCCAUCCAGGCCAUCCAAACCACCCAGGACAUCCAGGCCACCCAGUUCAUCAUAGCCAACUUUCCGGACCCAACCACCCAAGCCAGGGCCAUUCAGGACAACCAGGACACCCUAGUCAGGGACACCCAGGUCAAAGCCAUCCAGGGCUUCCAGGCCCAGGUCAAAAUCAUCCUGGUAGCCACUCUUCUCAGGCCCAUCCAGGGCACCCUGGACCUGGACAUCCUGGCGCAGGUCAUCCUGGUUCUGGGCAUCCUGGAUCAGGGCACCCCGGAUCAAGUCAUCCUGGAUCCGCUCACAGCGCAUCUGGUCACCCUGGCCAAGGCCACCCAGGAGGUCCUGGUCACCCUGGCCCAGGUCACCCAGGAGGACCUGGACACCCCGGCUCAGGUCAUCCUGGACCUGGACAUCCGGGCCACCCAGGUGCGGGCCACCCAGGUCCUGGCCAUCCAUCCAGCCACCCCGGAUCAGGACAUCCCCCGCCUGUUCACUCAGCACCAGGUCAUCCUGGACCUGGAGGACACCCCAACUCAGGCCACCCUGGACCUGGGCAUCCUGGCUCAGGACACCCCGGAUCCGGUCACUCAUCUCCUCACCCCAGUCAGGGUCAUCCUGGACAAAGCCAUCCUGGGCACGGGCACCCAGGCCAGAACCACCCGGGAGCAAGUCAUCCGGGGCAACACAUGGGGCAAGGGCACCCUGGUCAACAUCCAGGCCAACACCCCAGCCAGCACCCAGGGCAUCCUGGGCAUCCAAUCAGUCAUCAGGGUCAUCCUGGUGGCAGUCAUCAACCCCAGUCCCAUCCUGGUGCAAAUCAUCCUCCAUCGGGGCACCCUCCACCCUCACCACACAGUGCGGGCCACCCUACACCUCCAGGCCCACACACACCAGGUCACUCCGCCCCUCCAGGCCAGGGCCCACCUCCUGGAAUGCACAUGAACGGUCCAUCUGGAGGCAUGGGCCAAGGGCAAGGACAGUCAUUCCAGCACGGCAUGGGACACCCGCAGGGUCCACCUCAGGUAUGUGUGUAACUAAUGCGAAUCAGCAUGAAAUUUCUCUCCUCAGCCUUCAGAUUCUGUAGGGUUCUCUCAAUUCUUAUUUAGUAAAGAAGAGCCAAGUAGUACUUACAACCUAAGCUGUAUAAUUUUAAUGCACAAAUAUAUCAAACUGAGACUGUGGUUUGAGCUUGAAACUUUUACACCAAACAAGUUUCUAAGGGUUUACGCCUAGGGUUGAGUUCUUCUUGCUUUCCACAUAGAACAUUUUGUUUUUAUUUAAUCUAUCAGCAGGAAUCAGCAUGAAUGACGGUAUUAAUGAAGUAACUAUUAAAGAUUGCAUUCAUGUGCAUUGUUACAA